AUGUUAGGCUCUGUACUCCUCGUUGCGUUCCUGAGCUAUGCCUCCAGCUGCGGUGUCCCCACCUACCCGCCCAGCCUGUCCACCCGGGUGGUGGGAGGAGAGGACGCCACGCCCCACAGCUGGCCCUGGCAGAUCUCCCUCCAGUACCUUUAUGAUGGCACCUAUAGACAUACCUGUGGAGGGACCCUGAUCUCCAGGCAGCAUGUCCUGACUGCUGCGCACUGCAUCAGCAAAAACAGAACCUACCGAGUGUUGCUGGGCAAGCAUAACCUGGUGGAGGGAGAGGAUGGCUCUGUGGCAGUGGCUGUGGAUACCAUUUUUGUCCAUGAGAGAUGGUUCUCCUUGCUGGUGCGCAAUGACAUUGCCCUCAUCAAGCUGGCUGAGCCUGUGGAGCUGAGUGAUACCAUCAAGGUGGCCUGCCUGCCCCCAAAGGGAUCCCUGCUGCCCCAAGGUUAUCCUUGCUAUGUGACUGGCUGGGGCCUCCUCCGGACCGAUGGCCCCAUUUCUGAUAUUCUCCAGCAAGGCCUACUGCCCAUAGUGGACCAUAAAACAUGCAUUCGGCCAAGCUGGUGGGGCAUCCUGGUGUCCAAUAAUAUGGUGUGUGCUGGAGGAGAUGGUGUCAUCUCAGCGUGCAAUGGAGACUCAGGUGGACCCCUGAACUGUAAGGCUGAAGAUGGAACCUGGCAAGUGAGAGGUAUUGUGAGUUUUGGUUCUAACGAGGGCUGCAACGUAGAAAAGAAGCCCACGGUCUUCACCCGGGUCUCUGCCUACAUUGACUGGAUUAAUAAGAAACUGCUGCUCUGAAUCAUCACCAGUGUCUCUACUGGGAAUCCCCU